GAGUGUUGACAGAAGUGACGUCAGCAAGCAACUUCCGGUGGAGUGACCCGGUGAGUGUGACAGAGCUCGAGCGAGCAGAGAGGCGGCCGGGAGAUUUUCAAGUUCAGUUGACCUAUGAAAUGGCCGAGAAUGGUACGGAUUGUGAACAGCGGCGUGUUGGAACGGCAAAAGAACAGCACAAUGGAAGUUUUACAGAUCCCUCUUUCCUGAGUGAAAAGAAAAGACGGGAUCGUGAAGAAAGGCAGAGUAUUGUUCUCUGGAGAAAGCCACUAAUUACCUUGCAGUAUUUUUUCCUGGAAACACUUAUAAAUUUGAAGGAAUGGAGCUUAAAACUAUGGCACCGUCGUGGGAUGGUGACGUCCUUAUUGCUCAUGCUUGGAGUUCUUACAGUAGCGUAUUAUAUUGAAGGAGCACAUCAACAGUAUGUGCAGCAUGUCGAGAAGAAAUUUUUAUGGUGUGCCUACUGGGUAGGCUUAGGAAUACUUUCCUCAGUUGGACUUGGAACAGGUCUUCAUACCUUUCUACUAUAUUUGGGUCCUCACAUAGCCUCGGUGACGCUUGCUGCUUAUGAAUGUAAUUCGGUUAAUUUCCCAGAACCACCAUACCCUGAUGCCAUUGUAUGCCCAGACGAUGAGGGCGCAGAAGAAGCUAUAACAUUAUGGACUAUCAUCUCAAAAGUCAGGCUAGAGGCCUGCAUGUGGGGUGCUGGCACUGCCAUUGGAGAGCUGCCUCCAUACUUCAUGGCCAGAGCUGCUCGGCUUUCAGGUGCAGAACCCGAUGAUGAAGAAUAUGAGGAGUUUGAGGAGAUGCUGGAACAUGCUCAAAGUGCACAAGAUUUUGCAUCUCGCGCAAAACUGGCUGUUCAAAACCUGGUUCAGAAAGUUGGGUUUCUAGGCAUAUUAGCUUGUGCUUCGAUUCCAAACCCAUUGUUUGACCUGGCAGGAAUAACAUGUGGACACUUUCUUGUACCAUUCUGGACUUUCUUUGGAGCCACUCUCAUUGGCAAAGCAAUUAUAAAAAUGCAUAUCCAGAAGCUCUUUGUUAUCAUAACUUUCAGCAAGCACAUCGUGGAACAGAUGGUGUCCCUAAUCGGGUCUGUUCCGAGUAUCGGUCCUUCCCUACAAAAGCCGUUUCAGGAAUAUCUGGAGUCUCAGAGGAAAAAGCUUCACCUUAAAUCAGAUACCAGCAGCCCGCAGGGGGAAAACUGGCUAUCGUGGGCGUUUGAGAAGCUGGUGAUUGUUAUGGUGUUCUAUUUCAUUCUCUCCAUCAUCAACUCCAUGGCACAGAGUUAUGCCAAACGUGUACAACAGACUAAGUUAUCUGUUGAGAAGACAAAAUGAAGGCAUAACCUCUGGGAAUAAAAGGGAGGGUGAAUGGCAAAAAAAAAAAGGACAAAAUGCUACUUAGCAAACUUUAUUGACCUUAUUAACUGUUAAAACAAUUGGCAAAGUAAUCUGGGACAUUUUUAAAACAACCCCUUUCCCCUAAAUCACAUAAAUUAUUUUUUUUCUAAUAUUUUUUUCAAAGUAUAAAAAAGGUUCAAAUUAUUUUCUGUGACAAAUAAGAGAUGUAUGUGUGGCAAAGUAAGGUAAUGUAUACACUCUAUUAACUAUUUCCAUCUUUAUUUUUUCUUGGUGACUUGAUUUUGUUUCUUGUAACUCCUCACCAUUGUGUAACUCCUUCAAUAAUGGAAGGGAUUCUGCUUGCUAGAGUAUUGUUCCUGUGGCAAUUCUAAUCUUUUAGAAUGCAAGUCACCGUGGUACAGGACAGUGCUACCAGGACUGCUCUGAGGAGUUAUGUAAUUGUAAAUGCCAGUCUUGUUGGAAUGGAAAACCAAUGUGUGUUGCCCUUUAUUUAACCCACUGUUUGUGAGCAAAGUUAUGGAGUUAGAAGCAGUACAUUGCUGUGCAGUGCAUUGCUAGUUCUUUCAGGCCCACAGAAGUUAACUUUCCUUGGUCAGAUUUGCAUUUGUUCCUUGCUACAACUGAAUACAACUUUUUUUUCCUUCUUAUAAUUGUGAUUAUGUGAAGUUAUGUUCAAACACCUUUGUAAAUAAGUACAGAUUGUCCUGUACAAUUCCAGAUGCCUUGAGUAUUUCUUUGGCGAAUAAACCCAAAGAACAUUUGUGGAGGCUCUCUGUAAUUACAUCUGCUAACCUCAUCUGGGGAUUGUUAUUGCCCUCAAUUUACCUUCCAUUACCUUACUAAAGGCUAAUUCAUGCUGUUUAACUUUUCUGCACAUUGGGAGCCAGCAGAGGACACAGUGAUCCCAAUCUAAAUAUGGCAGACUUGGCAAUGAUCUGAGCAUACUGGCCCUUAUGAGUCACAUUUUCUCUAGGAAGGAUAUACAUUGGAGGGAUGGGAAUUGCAAUCAGUAUACUGCAGAACUACCCACUCCCUCCUCCCUAAAUACAAGCUGCUCACUGAAUACAGUGUACACACUUGGUAACCAUCCAGUUCUAUUAAACUGACAUCAUUUUUUUUUUUCUUCUUCAAUUCUGUACAUCUAGAAUGGAAAGCUAAAACUGAACGUUAUAAAGCCACCUUUGAUAA